UGCCGUCCCAAGGAAAAGAUGGCAGGCAUCCAUGCUUGGAGUAUGACAAAUCAUAUAAUUAUGGAAAUAAAUUGUCAUUUUCUGUUUGAUAUUUUUCCCUUUGUCUUUUCAGUUCCUAAUGACCAAGUCUCUUUCUCUAUGGAGCAUCGAAUCACUGACACUUCAGAUUGAAAUCAUGUCUGGUGUUUCGUGUCUGAUACCUGCACGACUUUGGCAUAGAAUCUUCUUACUAUUACAUAAAUAUAUAAGCCUUUAAUAUGCUUAUUUAUGUAUGCAUAAGACCAAGGAUCAUUUCAAAUUGAAACAAUGUGGUUUAACUUUAAGGGCCUUCUUCUUCUCCUAGCUUUUUGCAUUUCUCUGUUUGAGUCAGUAGCUUCGCUUAAUCAAAGCAGUUUCCCUGCUGGCUUUGUUUUUGGAACAGCCUCUUCCGCUUACCAGUAUGAAGGUGCUGCAUUUGAGGGUGGCAAGGGUCCAAGCGUAUGGGACACCUUCACUCAUAUGUAUCCAGAUCGAAUAGCAGACCACAGUAAUGGCGAUGUUGCUACGGAUUCUUAUCAUCGUUACAAGGAAGACAUAGGCAUGAUGAAGGACAUUGGAUUUCAAGCAUAUAGAUUUUCCAUUUCUUGGUCCAGAAUAUUGCCUAGUGGAAAGGGAAAAGUUAACCAAGAAGGCAUCACAUACUACAACAAUCUUAUAAAUGAACUUCUAUCAAAUGGACUACAACCAUACAUAACUUUAUUUCAUUGGGAUCUUCCUCAAGCUCUUGAAGAUGAAUAUGGUGGUUUCUUGAGUUCCAAAAUUGUGCAAGAUUUUGCAUAUUAUGCAGAACUAUGCUUCAGCGAAUUUGGUGACAGGGUUAAACAUUGGAUUACUUUAAAUGAACCAUACAUAUAUAGUAUCCAAGGUUAUGCUAAUGGCCAGUUUCCACCAGCAAGAUGUUCUAAAUGGUUAUCCCCAAAUUGUACCAUUGGUGAUUCUAGUACUGAGCCUUACAUAGUUGCACACCACCAAAUUCUUGCUCAUGCUACUGCAGUAAAAAUCUACAGCGAGAAGUACCGGAUUACACAAAAUGGUAAAAUUGGGAUAUCACUAAAUGCUCCCUGGUUUGUGCCACUAUCCCAAUCAAAAUCAGACAUAGAAGCAGCAUUUCAGGCAAUUGCUUUUAUGUAUGAUUGGUUUAUGGAACCAUUAUACUCGGGCGCAUAUCCUGCUGCGAUGGUUAACAAUGUUGGGAAACGUUUGCCAAAAUUUUCAAGAAGAGAAUACUUAAUGGUUAAAGGGUCCUUUGAUUUUAUAGGGUUGAACUAUUACACUGCAUAUUAUGCAGCAAAUGUUCCUUGUCAACAAAGAAACCUAUCUAUCUUGACAGACUCUUGCACUACUUCUACUCCUGUAAGAAAUGGGGUUCCAAUUGGUCCUAAGGCUGCCUCAAAUUGGCUAUACAUCUAUCCUCAAGGAAUUCAAGAUAUAUUGGAAUACACUAAGGAGAAGUUUAAUGAUCCAAUUAUUUACAUAACAGAAAAUGGAGUUGACGAGGUUAAUAAUGGCACAAAGUCCCUUGAUGACAAAUUGCGAAUAUUCUCUAUUGGUCAACACCUUUUGUACAUUCAAAGGGCCAUAAGGAAUGGUGUAAAGGUGAGGGGUUAUUUUGCAUGGUCAUUUUUGGACAAUUUUGAGUGGGGUAUUGGGUAUACCGUACGCUUUGGAAUGAUAUAUGUUGAUUUCAAGGAUGGACUAAAAAGAUAUCAUAAAAGAUCAGCUUUGUGGUUCAAAACUUUUCUUCAUCAAUGAAUAUUGGUUCUUAGCAAUGAACAAGAUUCAAGGAAAAGACGAUAUGAAUCAAGUGCUC